AGCUCAAAAGAAGGUGUUCCAUUUCUGGGAAGAGAAGCUGCUCCCCGCCGAGGACCAGGAUAAACCGAGAGAUACAGCCAUCAAUUUCUGAGUCGACUCGAGCCAUGGCCUCCCAACAACCACCGCCGCCGCCGAAAUCCCCAUCCGUACCCUACCCCACCACCAUAAGCGCCAUCGGCGACGACCUCCUCCGCGAGAUCUUCCUCCGCCUCCCCUCCCUCCCGAGCCUCGUCCGCGCCGCGCUCACCUGCCGCUCCUUUCUCCACGCCGUCCGCUCCUCCUCGUCCUUCCGCCGUCGCUUCCGCGCCAUACAUCAGUCACCCCUCCUCGGCCUCUUCUUCGACCCCGACGGCCCUGCCAUCCCCGCCUUCGCGCCCCUCCGCCGCCGCUCCGAUCCGGACCUCGUCGCCGCCGUCCGCGGCGCCGAUUUCUUCCUCACCCGCCUCCCCGACGACAACGACGCGGCCCCCGGGUGGGAGAUCCGGGACUGCCGCGGCGGCUACCUCCUCCUCAUCAACUGGAGCACCGAGCAGAUCGCCGCCUACAACCCCCUGACGCGCGCCAUGGAUCUGCUUUCCCCACCGCCCGACGAGAUCUCCGAUGACUGCAUCGGCUACUUCACCUACCUCGACUAUCACAUUCUCUCCUCCGACGAGGAACCCGGGUCGUUCCGCGUCGUCUGCGCCUGCCACGACGAGUCGCGGGCGCGCGCCGCCGUCUUGUCUUCGGACACCCGGGAGUGGCUGAUUCUGCCAUGGGCCGCGGCCGCGACGCCGCAGCCGGAGGAUGACAAGUACUGGCUUUACGCCGGAACGCUUGUGAACGGGAUCAUCUACUGGACGCACACUAACCAGGCAUACAUGCUUACGCUGGACACCGCGUCGCUGCAGUUCUCCCGGAUCGACCUGCCGCCUUACCUGAAGGGGCAAGGCCACACGUUCAGAGCCGGGGAGACUAAGGACGGGAAGCUCUGCAUCGUCUGCACGAUCGAAUUCACGCUUGUUGUUUGGUACCGGAGAGUGGACGAGGAUGGCGAUGAGAAGUGGAUGCUGGACAAGAUGUUCCCGUUGCAGACAGAGAUCGUUGAGGCCACCGAGGGCUCACUGGAGGAUCAUGGUGCCCUCAAGGUUGUGGCUAUAAUCGACGGCUUGGUGUACUUGUCCACCUACGAGACUUUCAACGAUGCUGAUUUCCCGUGCUGGUUCCUGUCCUUCUGCCUGGAAACUGGGGAGCUGGAGAAGCUGUUUCAGAAGAGAUAUGACAGUCAUGUUCAUCCCUACAUUAUGGCGUGGCCUCCUUCUUUGGUAGGUAACACCGUGGACCCUGGGUUCGAAGGUGCUUGAGGAAAUGCACGACUAGGUAUCAUAACCUGGUGGAAGAAGAAAGUAGAACAGUGCCACUUGGUUACCACCACCGCUCUUCCACACACUUGUGCACAGUGCCGCUGCCAUCCCCUAGCAGGCCGCUUUGAGGUUGGAAAGACAAUUGAGAGAUUCUCCAUUUCAAGGUUAUAGAUCAAACAUUGUUCAGCUUGAAAGUAGGAAGAAAGUUAUUCCGUGGCCUAAAGCUGUUUGGAAGAUAAGGCGUCACAUCAACUAGGUGAGCCAUCACAGAUGAGCUGCAGCAUUCCGUUUCUUAUUUUUAUGGAGCCUACUGUGAAGUCGAAGGUGACAUCCCCGUCUGCAGCUGCCAGUAGAAAUGAUUAUACCAUCCGCACAUGUAAUGGUGAAUAACACUGUAUGCACCGAAUAAUCAAUCAAUGAGAUUACACAUUCAAUAAACAAAACUUUUUUAGGCCCUGAUUGGUAGAUCUCCCAGGGUCGAUUUACCCCUGAAUCUAGAGAAGAUCUACGAAACACCCAAUUUCUCCCCCGCUCUACACAGGGUUCACGCAGAACUGAUUCAUAAUUGUAGGGUCUGUAUUCGGUUAGUUUGGCCAGUUUUUUUUUUUAAAUGCUAACCGGUAUGUAAUUUUCGGUUUUGCAUUCUUGUAAACCAGAUUAACCGGGUGAAAAAUUUGUUAAUUUGGUUGAUUA